AUGGCGAUUACUCUCUCAACAAUCGCUCCGAUCACUCGUAAUUACCUCUCUCCUGCUAAAAAUUCGCCACCAAGUUGUCCAAGUAGUAGUUGUACUUAUAAUCUCACUCUCUCCCCCUCCGUCACCGCCAACAAAACGGUCCUCGCUUCUUCAUCACAUACUCGCCGCCGUGUCUCCGCCGCCGUCUCCAGCUCAACCGGAACUGCUGAAUCUUCGAUUGGAAUUGGCGAAGAAACGGGCAGUCUGUUGGAGAGAGUAGAGGUGUUUGAUUUGAAUGGGAAUUCGGUUUUGAUUUCUGAUUUAUGGAAGGAUCGGAAGGCUGUCGUUGCAUUCGCUCGUCAUUUCGGAUGUGUCCUUUGUCGCAGACGAGCUGAUAUGCUUGUUGCUAAGAAGGAUACGAUGGAUGCUUCAGGUGUGGCGCUUGUCUUGAUUGGACCUGGUAGUGUUGAUCAGGCAAGAACAUUCUCUGAGCAAUCUGGUUUCAAAGGAGAAGUGUAUGCAGAUCCUAGUUAUGCAUCAUACAAGGCACUGAGCUUCGUUUCUGGGGUUUCAACCACUUUUACACCCGGAGCAGCUUUGAAGAUCAUAGAAGCAUACAUGGAAGGUUAUCGACAAGAUUGGAAGCUUUCCUUUGAAAAAGAUACUCGUACCAAAGGUGGUUGGCAACAAGGUGGAAUCAUAGUUGCAGGUCCAGGGAUAAGCAACAUCUCAUACAUCCACAAGGACAAAGAAGCAGGGGAUGAUCCCAACAUAGAAGAGAUACUUAAAGCUUGUUGCUCAUGA